GAUUGGUUGAGGGCGAAAAAACAUGGCGCCGCCCGCGUACUAGCAAAAAACAAAAACCCAACAACAAUUAAUACUCUCGUAUGUGAGUUAGCAGUCGGUAUAUUCAGUACAGGUAAGAGUCAUAAAAGUAGAAUAGUUUUUUUUUCUUUAUGUGAGCUAUGUCGCCUGGCUAAGAAAGCCCAGUGGAGAGUCUGCGUACUACAUAACGUUACGAGGAAAGCACAAAAGAUGCCUGCUUUCCGUCAAGUCGGGGAGAAGCAGCUUCCCAACCCCCUGCUGUGUAUGGCAUGGUCGCCCAAAAGAGACCUGAUCGCUCUGGCCAGCACGACUGGAGAGCUUUUGCUGCAUCGCUUGGUUAGCUUCCAACGGGUUUGGAGCUUGGCGCCCAGCGACUACAUCGGCAAGAAAAUCACCGCCCUCGCCUGGAGACCUGAUGGCAAAAUUUUGGCCUUCAGCCUGGGAGACACGAAGCAGGUGGUCUUGUGCGGUGUGGAGAAAGCAGAAAUUCUCCACGUGCUCCACGUGCAGAACCUGGUGAGCUGCAUGCACUGGAUGGAGGUGACGGAAGAAAGCAGUGCUCUCGGCUCAUUUUGUCAAUCGGAGGAUGAAUCCAAACGCUUUCUACCCAAAUUAGCAUCGCUGCCCAAGAGGUACCUCAACUACAGCACGACGUCGAUGCUUUUCAGUGAGGAAAAGUCAGACGAGAUCAUGAACCUCCUCGGGGAAGUCAGAUUGAACAUUCUCGUCCUUGGAGGAGAAGCAGGAAAUGUGGAAUUGUACGCUUACGGCAUGUACAAGGUCGCAUCUUUUGCCACAGUUUCAGGAAGCUGUCGCAGCCUCAGCUUAGCCAGCGAUCUCAAGUCUCUGGUUGUCAUCACUGAGGUCAAGUCUGCUGAGGACCAUGCAGAGAUCUGCUUUGUUCAGUUGGACACGGGCCCGCUGUCCGACUGCCUGCCCGAGCUCACCAGGAUGGCGCGCAAGUUCACACACAUCUCCACCCUGUUGCAGUACCUGCAUCUCUCGCUCGCGUGCAUGUGUGAGGCGUGGGAGGAGAUCCUCAUGCAGAUGGACCUCAGACUCACCAAGUUUGUUCAGGAAAAGAACACAAGCACUCAGGUGCAGGAUGAGUUCCUGGAGCUUCUCCUGUGGGGACAGUCCAGCCCUGAACUCCAAGCUCUUCUGGUGAACCAGCUGACUGUCAAGGGUCUGAAGAAAUUGGGCCAAACCAUCGAGUCAUCUUACUCCAGCUUUCAGAAGCUGGUGAUCAGCCAUCUGCAGAGUGGCUCUGAGGCGCUCCUCUAUCAUCUGAGUGAGGUGAAGGGCAUGUCGCUGUGGAAGAAGAAGUUUGAACCCCUCGGUCUGGACUCAUCCACCAUAGAAAAUGCAAUCACAGCCGUGGGCUCCUUUUCCUUGAAAACCAGGGAACUUCUGCAGGUUAUAGACAAGAGCAUGAAAAACUUUAAAGCUUUUUUCCGCUGGCUGUAUGUAGCCAUGCUAAGAAUGUGUGACGAGCACGUCCCCCCGGAGCUCAACAAGAUGACCCAGAAGGACAUCUCCUUUGUGGCGGACUUCCUGUCAGAGCAUUUCAGUGAGAAUGAACAACUCUUUGAUCGGAAAGGAAAGUACUUCAAUGUGGAACGUGUCGGUCAGUACCUUAAGGACGAGGAUGAGGACCUUGUUUCCCCGCCCAGUACCAAGGGGAACCAGUGGGUGAAGUUUUUACAGGAAAGCACUCACAUAAAGGAAAGUCCUCUGCUGUUUCCUUCCUUUCCUCAAAAGUCUCUGCACUUUGUCAGGAGGUUGAUGGAGGACUCCAUCGAGCUGUGCCUGCAGAAACCUGCCGAAGUCAUCGGGAAGUCUGUCAAACAGGCCGUCUUUCUACCCUUGUACGCUGCACCACCGAGUUCUGAAAAUGCACCAACACUCCUUCAACUUCCGGCCCUGUGGAAUGACAAGAAGGCCAACCUGCACUACGUUGUGUUCUGCAUGCCAAAACUUUCCCCGCACAAACUCUACAUUCUCCGCAAAGGAAGCGACCCGAACCGACACAUCCCCAGUUGUGUCACAUCCAUGGACUUGAACCAACAUCUGGACGUGGCGGACAGCGAGAGCGUGGAAACCCGACCGCAUCACGUCUACAGCUGCCUGGAUGCUCGUUUCUAUAGCGACGACAUGUUGACUGUGGUCCUCCAGGGGGAAGAAGAGAACGGCCACAGCGUCCUGGCCCAGCUUCCUCUCGCUUCAUCUCUAAAAGGCGAGAGUGAAUUUAGCUGGAAUCCCAAUAUGAGGUUGGACCAGCAGAGCGGCGCCAUCCCCUGCCAAGGCCUGGUGCUGGGGAAUCAGUGGCGCGAACUCGAAGGCAUGAAGGCCCAGUUCGUGGAGGUCAAUGGAAUCCGAGAAGUGGCGUGUGUGCUGAGUGAAAAUCUGAGGCACCUGCGCGUUUUCGAGAUGGACGUGGAAGACGAAGACGACGAGGGAGUCGAGCAGCAGAACGCCAGCGCCGAUCAGGACGUGCUGGAAGCUUCCAUGGCCAGCCACGGGGAGGAGGAGAGCGCAGAGGCCGGCGAUGACGAAGACCUCGGAAAAAGCGAUGAGCGUUUGGAGUCUGAGGAGGCUUCCGAGUUGUAGUUGGACUCCAGAUGAAAGUAAAUCGAGAGUGGAACCUCAGUUAGUGUUUAUUUUGGUUUUAUUGGACAAACCAAACAUUGUUGGAGUUUAUGAGCAUGUGUGGCCAUUUGUAACACUUAUAUACAAUACAAAUAAUACAGUGGUACAUUAGUUAGCAUUAUUAAUCCGCUCCAAAAAAUCAUGUCAAUUAAAUUAAUCCAUACCAAAAACACAGACAUUUGAGCAUAAAACACAUUUUUCCUACUACAAGUAGUAGUUGAGAAUUUUGU